CUUACUCACCGAUGGUCAGAACACAGAAGCCAUGGUGGCAGCAACAGGGUGUUGGUGAUAAUGGACAGGAAGUCAUCUCCCAUCGUCGUUGGGUGCUUGUUUUAAAGUCAAACAGCGCUAAAUGACAUCCAUCCUUAUUUCCUCAAAGGAGGAAACUAGAACUUUGAAUGUGCACUACGUCCUGGUCUGUGGGACCCUGAAACCUCCUCCAACCGGUCGCAGUGGCAUCAUCUACGUCCAAACACUCCAGAGUCUGUCUGAGCCGACUGUCGGAAGAUUCAUCACCCAGAAAACAUUUGAAGUAUGCACUGAUGGAGCCUUCCAAACAAUGACGAUCUGUGGAGACGGACAAGCCCAGCAGUGUGUCUUUGGGGAGACAGUUGCCUCCUUUUGAAGGAGCCAGAAGCCAGGAGGCUCGGCUGAAACGCCCAGAGCAAGGAAAGACCUUUUUCAGCCUGCAUUCCUCGAUCGGAAUCUAACAACUCAGACUGAAGUCGAUGGGUUCUUUGUUGCACGAUGAGUGUUUUCUGUCAGAGAUGUUUGCAGCCCGCAGGGAGGCCAUUCGGCCCGCUGCUUGUCCACGCGCACUGCGGCCGACAAGCAGCCACUUUCCACAGCACUUGGUUCAUCCCUGUUGGCUGCAGCUCUUUGAAGGCACCUCCAAGCACUUUGUGAACAUUUAUGAGAACUUUCAGGCAGUGAGUUCCCGAUCCCUUCCGAAUGAACCCACUCCUAAAUUUAUGCCCCUCCCCCCACCUCUGAAAAGGUGCACCUUUGAGCAAGAGGUACAUUGCCUUCCUGUUCACUCAAUUUAGGAUACUUGCAAUUUUGCACACUUCAGUCAGAUCUCCCUGCAGCCUUCUGUGUCGCAAAGACUCAAAACCGGGUUCAAAAUUGACUGUGUGGCAGGAAACAGAGAAUAAUGGGCAAUGGAUGCUUUUCGGGCUGGAGAAAGGUCCAGUGGCGAGGAUUAUUACACCGUCCUUGGCAUCAAACCUGACGCGACUCUUAAGCAGAUCAAGCAAGCCUUCCUUGACCAGUCGAAGAAGCUCCAUCCUGACAUUGACGUGUCCAACCCGGAGCUCCACACCCAGUUUGUGCGGCUGAACGAGGCCUACAGUGUGCUGAGCAAGUCCAGCAGCCGCCGGGAGUAUGACUCGAGGCUGAGACUCCAGCGUCACGGCGCUCCUGCAGCCACUGGCAAUGCCGCGGGGAGUGAUGGUGACCAUGGCGACCCCUUCUUCUACAACAACGUGAACCCGGCACCACGCUAUGGGUACGAGAAGUCCAAGCAGCAACGGUACUGGGAGCAGUUCCGGUACCCCACACCAGAAGAUUAUGCAGACUUUCACAGCAGCAGGAAGCGCAAGAGAAACAUGAAGGUUUUUGGCUACUGUGUCUUCAUUAUGUUGGCCGGAGUAUUUAUCCACUAUGUUGGUUUCAGGUAGGUGCAGUCUGUGCAAACUGUUCACCGUAAACAUGUGUCCAUUUGUUAAAGUUGUAUGAAUGUUGGGGCAGGAAGGUGUUCCAC